GCGGGCCGAAGGAGGCGCGGUUUCCUAUGCUCAUGGCGAGUGCGUUGGUAGUACGCGGCUGCAUCUUGCAGCUUCCUGGUGGCCGAUUGUGGCGUCUCUUGCCCCGCGGACUCGGAAUUUGGGGCCCGGCAGAGGGGACCGCCAGGGUCUUGCUGAGGCAACUCUGCGCGCGGCGAAAGGAGGCAUGGCGGGCCUCGGGGAUCGCUGGCAGCUGCCUGGGAAGCCGCCAGUUCACGGCGAGACCGCCCCCGCCGGGCUCGUCGGGGCCGGGGCCGGAGGGCCGCAGAGACCCCACGCGCCCCUCGCAACCCGGGCCUGUUUCCUGGAAAUCCUUAGCAGUCACAUUCGCUAUUGGAGGAGCCUUAUUGGCUGGAAUGAAGUACUUCAAGAAAGAAAAGACAGAGAAGCUGGAGAAGCAACGGCAGCGAAGCAUCGGAAAACCUUUACUUGGGGGCCCGUUUUCCCUCACAACUCAUACUGGAGAGUCCAAAACUGAUAAGGACUACCUGGGUCAGUGGGUAUUGAUUUAUUUUGGUUUCACUCAUUGCCCUGAUGUCUGUCCAGAAGAACUAGAAAAAAUGAUUCAAGUCGUGGAUGAAAUAGACAGUAUUCCAACUCUGCCAGAUUUAACUCCACUUUUCAUCACUAUUGACCCGGAGAGGGACACAAAAGAAGCCAUUGCAAAUUAUGUGAAAGAAUUUUCUCCCAAACUGAUUGGUUUGACUGGCACAAAAGAAGAGAUCGACCAAGUGGCCAGGGCAUACAGAGUAUACUACAGCCCUGGUCCCAAGGACGAAGAUGAAGACUACAUAGUGGAUCAUACAAUAAUAAUGUACUUGAUUGGACCAAAUGGUGAGUUUCUAGAUUAUUUUGGCCAGAACAAGAAGAAUGCAGAAAUAGCUGGUUCAAUUGCUGCGCACAUGAGGGAACACAGGAAAAAGAGCUAGCCAAAGCAGCGGUGCCGGGCGCAGUGUUCCCCUGCUAAAGAGGAAGGAAGCUUUGUCUCCCAUGGUAACCAAUAUCUGUUUAUAUGUAUGUAUAUAAAGGUGUAACCCACAGAAUGGCCUUCAUACCGUGAGAACAUCUGUAUUUUGCACAGGACAUGUUACCCUUGGCUUCAGCCGAGAUAGAUUCUUGGAACUGUAAAGAUUGCAACUAAAAGACUUCCAAAUAGUCACCUUGAGACCAGUGGACCAAGUCAAUGUGAAGCCAGAGGAGUGGACCUCAGGGAAGGAUACAGCCGGGAGAGGCACAGCUGGUGCCUUUCCUCACGGGAACAGGGCCCUCUGAUCGGCGUUGCUACCUCUGCAGGGUGUGGGGCUGAAUUUCCAGGAGGAGUGUAAUUUCUGUAGUGCCUUUGCUUUCCUCUUCGAGUUCUUGGUAGCUGAUACCAGUCACAUUAGGCUCUCUGGCAUUCAUAUUUAAUCUUUAGACUUGAAAGACUUUAUGAAUGUUUAAUUCAUAGUUAAUAAGUACAGUCUUCCUUGUUAGUGAAUAUCACUGUCAGGUUUGCAUGAUGUUUCCUGUCAGCAGGUGCCAAUCUUACUAAUGAAGAGGAAAUCUAUUGUUUGGGGAAAACCAUCAGAUCAGUUUCUCUGGCAUCUUUUAUGUGAUUUUUAUCUAAAUGACAUGCCAGGUUUCCAGUGACAUACCAAAUGGAUAUAAGAGGAUAUUGGUCAUGAGUGUGAUGCAGAGUACUUUUCUGCCUCUACUAGACUGCACUGUGUAUGAAAUAAAGGCAUAUUCAGUUUUGCAA